AUGGUGAGCGCCCGGGCCCUCGCCUCGCUGUGGGAGCGUCGCGCGCGGAGCAGUGCCGGCACAGCCACGCGACUCAACCACUCGCCGAACUCUGCACAACCCGGGUAUCACUACACUGACACCAGCACAACCAACACAGACAGUGAUCGAGGAUCACGCCCAACACUUCAUAAAGCAAACGGUUUAGUGAUGCUGAACAAGCUUUAA